AUGGCUUUCUUCACUCACCAGCUCUACAGAGGUUUUUCCUCUUCGGCUCUCAGGAAUAUUGUUAUUAAGAACGUAACGGUCAUCGGAGGUGGACAGAUGGGUGCAGGGAUUGCACAGGUUGCAGCAUCAACCGGCCACUCUGUGACUCUGGUGGACACGAAUGACGACUUCCUUAAAAAUGCUGUCAAAGGAAUUGAAGGGAACCUUCAAAGAGUGGUCAAGAAGAAGUUUGCUGAUAAGCCAGAGGCAGGUGAAGAGUUCAUCCAGAAAGCUCUGCAGAAUCUGACAUGGACCACAGAUGCUGGAUCUGCAGUUCAAGCCACAGAUCUUGUGGUGGAGGCCAUCGUGGAAAAUCUAAAAAUCAAACAGGAUCUCUUUGGUCGGCUCGACAAGCUGGCACCAGCACACACUAUAUUUGCCAGCAACACAUCCUCCUUUCAUAUUACUGACAUCGCCAGCUACACCAGCAGGCUGAAUGCAUUUGGUGGCCUUCACUUUUUCUAUCCGGUCCCUAUGAUGAAGCUUGUUGAGGUCAUCGAAACCUCAAAAACAAGCCAAGAGACUGUAGAUUCCCUCCGAAACUUCUGCAAAAUGCUUGGUAAAACACCGGUGUCCUGCAAGGAUACACAAGGAUUUAUUGUAAACCGCCUAUUUAUUCCCUACCUGUUUGAGGCCAUACGGCUGCAUGAGAGAGGUCAUGGAUCCAUGAAGGACAUUGAUACUGCCAUGAAACUUGGUCUUAGUUAUCCUAUGGGACCCCUUGAGAUUGCAGAUUUUGUAGGACUAGACAUCCUUAAGUUCUCCAUGGAUGGUUGGUCUGAAGCGAACCCUGGUAACCCACUCUUUGCCCCGAGUGAACUGCUCAACAAGUUGGUUGCAGAGGGAAAACUGGGCAAAAAGACAGGAGAAGGAUUCUAUAAGUAUUGUUAA